UUACUUUUGCGAAUUUAUGCAACAGCUUGUUGAACGCUUGAUCUUUAGUGGAAAAAAUAAAUAUAUUAAUAAUGUUUUUGCUCUAGUUUAUAUAAAAAUUAAUUUUCGCUUAUCAGUUGUUGUAAGUAAUGUCAGCUCUUAACAUUGGGUCAAGGAAUUCGAAAUUUUAAGAAAAACAUUGUGGAAUUGUGUCAGUAUGAAAACAACUUUACAUUAAUUAACGUAUAAAAAAGUUUAAUUUACUUCUGAUGUUAUUGCGAAACAAUGGAUACAACAAGUUUUCUAACAAACAAUAACUGGUCCAACGACGUUAAGGUACAAAUUCAGCCUGCCCAGCCGAAGAAAUUGACCCAUUUACCCCAGAGACCCAAAGUGAAUUUGGCUUUUUCCAAUUUGAGCUACACAGUAAAACAAGGCAAACAAGACAAGGUGAUCUUGAAAAAUGUUUCUGGUACACUACGUUCGGGUGAACUUACCGCCAUUAUGGGUCCAUCGGGUGCUGGGAAAUCAUCGCUUCUCAAUAUCCUGACGGGAUACAAAACUGAUGGAACAAAAGGCCAAAUCCUCAUGAACGGCAGUGACAGAGAUCUGAGUCAGUUCAGGAAGCUCUCAGCGUACAUCAUGCAAGACAAUCAGCUGCACAGCAAUCUGACGGUGGACGAAGCCAUGAAUGUAGCUGCCAAAUUGAAAAUUGGAGAAAAACCCAGUCACGAACGAGAAGAAAUCAUAUCGGAAAUAUUGGAUACGUUGGGUUUACUAGACCACAGAAAAACUAUGACCAGUGGUCUGUCAGGUGGCCAAAAGAAACGUCUCUCUAUAGCCCUGGAACUUGUCAGUAAUCCACCAGUAAUGUUCUUUGAUGAACCCACAAGUGGCUUAGAUUCCUCAUCUUGUUUUCAGUGUAUAUCUCUGUUAAAAACUUUAGCUAGCGGUGGCAGAACCAUUAUUUGUACCAUCCAUCAACCUUCUGCGAGGUUGUUUGAGAUGUUCGACCAAUUAUACACUCUUUCCGAUGGCCAGUGCGUUUAUCAAGGUUCGACGAAGAGAUUGGUAGAGUUUCUUGCUAAUUUAGGGCUUCAGUGUCCCUCAUACCAUAACCCAGCUUCGUACAUUAUUGAGAUCGCCUGUGGUGAAUAUGGCGACCAUAGCAGGACUCUGGUCAACGCCAUAGAGAACGGCAAGUUAGACGUUAGAGAAGGAGUACCAUUGCCAAAGUUCAACGUAAACGAUGGCCUCAAUAAUGCGAGCAAAUUUGCCCAUGACAUUAAAAAUAUUAUUCCAGUUAUGAAUCCCGCUGGUUGGAAGUCCGACCCUGUAUAUAAUGCAACUACAACGCCGAGUUUGCCGGAAAAUGUAGUCAAUGAUAUCGCCAAAGGAGCAGUAAAGGAUGACCUUGAAAAAACCAACGCCGAGUCAGCAUUGUUGGGCAGCAAUUCCUUGGACAUAAAACAGCCCAGAUACGGCAACACUGAAUGGCAACAGUUCCUCAUUAUACUAAAGAGGGCCCUCCUGUUCAGCAGAAGAGAUUGGACUCUGAUGUACUUAAGGCUUUUUGCCCAUAUCUUGGUUGGUUUUCUCAUUGGCGCUCUCUACUGGCAAAUCGGAAACGAUGGUUCUAAAGUGCUAUCAAAUUUGGGAUUCCUGUUUUUCAAUAUGUUGUUUCUGAUGUACACUUCAAUGACGAUUACUAUUCUGUCAUUUCCGCUUGAGAUGCCCGUGUUGUUAAAAGAACAUUUUAACAGGUGGUAUUCGCUGAGAAGUUACUAUUUGGCGAUUACAGUAUCGGACAUGCCUUUCCAGACAAUCUUUUGUGUGAUCUACGUUACCAUCGUCUACCUGAUGACAGCACAACCCCUAGAAUUCUUCCGCUUCGGUAUGUUCCUUUCGGCAUGUCUUUUGGUAUCUUUCGUGGCCCAAAGUGUUGGUUUAGUGGUCGGAGCUGCCAUGAACGUCCAAAAUGGCGUAUUUCUUGCCCCUGUCAUGUCUGUACCAUUCCUCCUCUUCUCUGGCUUCUUCGUUUCCUUUGACGCGAUUCCUAUCUACCUCAGAUGGAUCACAUACCUCUCUUACAUCAGAUAUGGGUUUGAAGGAACGGCUUUGGCUACAUAUGGCUUUGACAGGGUCAAACUUCAAUGUUUUAUCAGCUAUUGUCACUUCAAAUCCCCCAUAAUUACUCUAGAAGAACUUGAUAUGGUGGACGCUAGCUACACAGUGGACGCUGUGGCCUUGGUAGUUAUAUUCUUUGUUUUGAGAAUCGCGGCAUACUUGUUCCUUAAAUGGAAACUAAAAACCAACCGUUAGCUUAUUUGUUAGGCGUAAAAUAGAUUUUUUUUAUUUUAUUUUGGUUAAUUUGAAUUUAUUUCAUCUAAAAAAAACGUUAAAGUACUUUAUUAAAAUAAAAGUCGUUAGGUAUAUAUUUCUUAGGCAAAACUAUAUUUUCUGAUGUUAUAUAAACAGUUUAGGGGCUGUGAAAUUUGUUAAAAAAAUAAUAAAUGUUGUAUAAAUAUGCUUGCCAGUAGAUUAAUGCCCAGGAAGAAAAAAAUCCAUGACUUAAAAAAAUCAUAUUUCAACCAAACUACAUGUUUGAUUGAUGAUGGACCAAUACUAUAAUGUUAUAUUUUUAUAUAUUUUGUAGAUUAGGUUUAAAUAUACGUAUAUUGGAUAGGAUAGUUUCUUUUUUGUAUUUUUAUGAGGGUAGUGAAAUAAAAUUAUUACCAUUU